GGGUUGAAUUGGAUUUGAUUGUUGAUCACAAUUUUGCCAAGUGGAGUAUAGUACUACUCAUGGUAUCUAGCUACUGCCAGUAGAGCAUAAACCCAGUGCAUGAAAUGAUCUGGAUAAGCCACACACAGGCGGGGUGGAGCCGACGAUCGGCAAGCAUAAAAGAAGGCUAUGCGGCAAGGCUCGGACACAAGCCUGGGAUAAUCCGCCUUUUCCCCGCACUUCUCCGACCGUCAAUGCGGGGACUGCCCAUCUCCAUCCUUCUCCAUCUCUCCAUCCUGCCAUCGUCACCUCGUCCCUUUGACCCUUUUUUCGAGACAAUAGACAACUCAGAGCUGAUCCUUGCUUUGCAAUGAGCUAUGAUGGAUUGAGCCACUCCACUAAGCUUUGAACUCCAUCAGCUGUGUCAGCACUAACCGUUGGGUUGACUGACAUUAGCUGCUGUACCGGCUCCA